UAAUUCUUUGAUUGGUAUAAUAAUGCAGUCAACACAAUAGCCAAUCUAGGAAAAAAGUGAAAAGGGGUCGACCCGUGACCCUCGCGUCGCCCACCCCAGGGCGGCUCGGGGGCGACGUGCACGGCGGCGACCAGCCCUCCCUCACCUCCUCCUCCGCGCCGCCGCCCGAGCGGCUGCCGGCAAAGCCGCGCGGCCGCAAGGACGGCAGCGGCGGGGCUCCUCGCACCUCGCGCUUGCGGAGGCCGGGCGAACCUCCGGAGGAGGCGGCGGCGGCAGCUUCCUCGUCCAGAUCUGGCGGGGCGCCCGGAGGUGGCGGCUGGAGACGGGGGAGGUCGGCACCGGCGCUGGACGGCGCGGGGACCGGUGGCAGGCAGGGGCGGCAUCGCGGUGGGAGGGCGACGGCAGCGGCGGCUCGCUCGCGCCGUGGGCACGACGUUGGCGUCGGCGUCCGUCCACGGCGGCGUGGUGGUCGUGCCGACGGCGGAUGCUGCGGCGGCGUGGCAGCGUCGCGGUUUGGUGGGCAGGCGGCUCGCUCGCGGCGUCGGCGUUGGCGUCCGUCAGCGGUGGCACAGUGGUAAUGGUGACGACGGGUGGCUACGGCGGCGCGGAUCGCCGGCUUGCGCCGCCCUGGCUUGUGGCCACCGCCUGGCUGGUCGCCGGCUUGCGUCGCCCUGGCUGGAUCUGGCCGUCCGUGGCCGGAUCUGUCGCCUCCACGCCGGAUAGCCAGGGCAGCCUAUCGGCGGGGCGGCUGCGUGUGGCGGCGAUGUGCGGAUGUGGAGUUGGCGGCGUGGCAGCGAUGUGCGCAUGUGGAGUUGGCGGGACGACGGCUUGUGCUGACGUGAAGCAGGAAUGGGGCUUGAUGUCUGUGGUGGUGACUUCCUCGUUAUCGUCCGAGUGUUUCUCCCUCUUUUCGGUUCCCCCCUUCUUUGGUCGGACCCUGUUCUGGUCGUGGGGAACGCUAGGGGGAGGGCGGAGGCUCCGGCUUGCUGUAGGAGUUUACGGCAGAUUGAUGCGUUUUGAGGGUGGGCAAGGGCCUGUCUUGCCGUUGGUUACGGUCAAGGUAUGACUGCUUGUGGGACGUCAUGGACUAUUCUGUGGCCAUUAAUGUGGGGGUGCUUGUGUGGGUGAUGUGAAGAUACUGGCGAAAGCCUUGCUGUGCCUUGGGCCGGUUUGACGACGACGGGCGGGCGCCGUUUCCCUUCUUGGAGGCGUUGUCAUGACGUUCUUUCAUAUCCCCCACAAAAUCUGCAGGUGAAAACCUAAUUCCGAUUUUUGGACGAGCGGCGACAGCGUUACACGUCGUGUCCUCCUUGGGAGCGUCGCUUCGGAGAAGUACCAACGCAUCCGACGUAUGUCGAUGGUCUUUUUCGGUUCAAAAGCUUUCAUGCCUUGUGUUCGGCGAGGCCUUCGCCUUCUUGGGUCCGCUUCUUUCCUGUGGUGGGCGACACGCUCUUCGGUUGUUUCUGCUGAUGAAGUCGAAGCUGCUCGCUGAAGGGGUGCGGCGACGCUUGGCAACGAUGAUAUGUUGCAGUCUCUUCCAAGGAGUUCUGGUGCUGGCCGUAUGAAGGAAGUUGCCCCUCGGGGGCUUGGCUGAUGUCCAUUGUUGGAUGUUGGAGCUACUUUUCGCUUUGGCGACUUUCGUGGCUUCAGUGUCGCUGCGGUUGUGGAGUCGGCGCUGCUGGGUCGAUUGGGCGGCUAGCUCGGCAACGAUAACACCUCUUCUGCGAUGUGGGAGCUGUUGUGUCGCUUUUGUGUUUAGUUUAGCGGUGACGUCUUGCGUUUGGGCUCCGCCGUCGUUGUUAGUUGUGUAGCGGUGGGUUUUAGCCGGUUUUUCUAUAAUUAACCGUGCAGUUGUAUGAUUUUCGGGUCCGGUUUUCCUUAUAAACUGGGUCAAUUCUUUUUUCUAAAUAUAACAGUGGAACAAAGUUCCAUCUUAGGUUAAAAAAAAAGCCAAUCUAGUAUUAGUUUGCUCUAGGAACUCCCUCUCCUGUUCCCUCUAUCCAAGCAAAGGAAUUUUAUCCACCCCUGAUUUUCCAUUCCCACAAUCCCACUGUCCUGACGAGUGCUCGGGCACUUCACUGCACUCGCGCGACGUGCACCCAUCCGAGCCGCACGUCACCUGAACAAUCUAUCUGAUCCAAAGGUCAGAAACGUCCCUCUAUCCUCUCCCCCCAUCCCCACCCCACCCGCUUCACUCUCCCCAUCGACCAAACCGCCACCGCCACCGCCACCAUGCUCUCCUCCUCCUCCUCCGCCGCCGCCGCCGCCGUCGUGCUCACCACCACCAGCGGCCGCGCGCCCCUCCUCCACCUCCCCAGGACGCCACGCCCUACUACCGCCGCAAGGAUCGCCGCCGCGCCCGACUCCUCCAGAGCCAGAGCCGGUGGCGCGCCUCUCCUCCUCGGCUCCGCCGUUCCCCGGCGGCGUGGCUGGGCGCUGGUAUGCCGGGACUCCUCCCUCCCUGGCCCACCUGGAGUGGACCCCGUGGCGGAGGAGGAAGAGAACAGGAAGAAGACCGAGGCGGUGGCGGCCGCCGCGGCGGCCCGGAUUGCCAGUAGCGGCGGCGGCGGCGGAGGAGGAGGAGGGAGUCUCAGCGACUGGACGACGUCGGUGCUUAUCUUCGGAAUCUGGGCGGGGCUCAUGUACUACAUCUUCCAACUCGCGCCCAACCAGACGCCGUACAGAGACACAUACUUCUUGCAAAAGCUUUGUAACCUGAAAGGCGACGAUGGCUUCCGAAUGAAUGAUGUUCUUGUGCCUCUAUGGUACAUAAUGGGCCUCUGGCCACUAGUGUACAGCAUGCUGCUUCUUCCUACUGGCAGAAGUUCAAAAAGCAAGAUUCCUGUCUGGCCAUUCCUAAUUCUUUCAUGCAUUGGGGGAGCAUAUGCCCUGAUUCCCUACUUUGUUCUAUGGAAGCCUCCUCCACCUCCGAUUGAUGAGGAAGAAAUUGGACAAUGGCCACUGAAGUUUCUUGAGUCAAAAUUGACUGCAGGAGUAACGUUUGCUGUGGGCCUUGGGCUGAUUGUCUAUGCAGCCAAAGCUGGUGGUGAAGAUUGGCAGGAAUUCAUUCGAUACUUUCGGGAAAGCAAGUUGAUACAUAUCACCUGCCUUGAUUUCUGUUUGCUCUCGGCCUUCUCACCAUUUUGGGUCUACAACGACUUGACAGCAAGGCGAUGGAAAAAUGGCUCUUGGCUUCUGCCCUUGGCACUUAUCCCUUUUGUGGGACCUUCAUUGUAUCUUUUGCUGAGGCCAUCACUCUCUUCUCUGCUAGCAGCAACAGGUCCAUCAGAUGAUAAAACACAGUAAUAACAAUUAUGAAGCUGAGUAUUGAUGAGGUUUUGGUUACGAGGAGAUGACAUGGUAGAAAGGUUAAGAACCACUUAUGGAAAUUGGAUUGGACAGAUUUAGAUGCCAAUCUGGAGCAUUCCACAAAGUUGACUUGUUAGUAAUGCAUUUGAAUGGCAAAAGUAUGAAUAAUGUCCUUACUCAGCAUGGUCAGCAUCUGAAUUCGUCAGAAAAUUUUCAACUUGGAAGGCAUUGGAGUAAUCAGCAAUGCUUAAAUCCCUGGUGAACAUUCUGCAUUCUCCCCAGCGUACAUAUACAACUGGUAGGACCUUUUGCUACUGUUGUCCAUGUAUAGAAAAUUUUGACCUUGUGACAGUGGUCCAUAUGUAAGAAGCCAUGGUGCUAGUACAUGAUCAUGAAUGAUAGGCUACAAAUUUAUUGUUACAGCCAAAGAAUAACAGGAUUCUUUUGGCACCAACUACACUUAGAAUUACAUUGCAACAGGUGUUUACUGCUCUAUAUCUUCAAAAGCAAUGCGCCUAUCAGCCUUGUAAGGAUUGCACUGAACCACCUGCAUUUUGUUACAGAA